AUGACGGAAGAGGUGGUCACGUGGUGGGAGGAAGAGGUGGAAUGGGUAAGAGGGAGAGAUGACAGCACCGCUCCUGUGCCAGCUCCUCUGCCUCCCAGUUCACUCACAACUCUUGGGUUUCUCCUCCACAACCCAGUACACGUGUGCUACACUACGUCUCCUCCACAACCCAGUACACGUGUUCUACACUUCGUCUCCUCCACAACCCAGUACACGUGUUCUACACUUCGUCUCCUCCACAACCCAGUACACGUGUGCUACACAUCGUCUCCUCCAAAACCCAGUACACGUGUUCUACACAUCGUCUCCUCCACAACCCAGUACACUUGUGCUACACUUCGUCUCCUCCACAACUCAGUACACGUGUUCUACACUUCGUCUCCUCCACAACCCAGUACACGUGUGCUACACUUCGUCUCCUCUACAACCCAGUACACGUGUUCUACACUUCGUCUCCUCCACAACCCAGUACACGUGUUCUACACUUCGUCUCCUCCACAACCCAGUACACGUGUUCUACACUUCGUCUCCUCCACAACCCAGUACACGUGUGCUACACUUCGUCUCCUCCACAACCCAGUACACUUGUUCUACACUUCGUCUCCUCCACAACCCAGUACACGUGUGCUACACUUCGUCUCCUCUACAACCCAGUACACGUGUUCUACACUUCGUCUCCUCCACAACCCAGUACACGUGUUCUACACUUCGUCUCCUCCACAACCCAGUACACGUGUUCUACACUUCGUCUCCUCUACAACCCAGUACACGUGUGCUACACUUCGUCUCCUCCACAACCCAGUACACGUGUUCUACACUUCGUCUCCUCCACAACCCAGUACACGUGUUCUACACUUCGUCUCCUCCACAACCCAGUACACGUGUGCUACACUUCGUCUCCUCCACAACCCAGUACACUUGUUCUACACUUCGUCUCCUCCACAACCCAGUACACGUGUGCUACACUUCGUCUCCUCCACAACCCAGUACACGUGUUCUACACUUCGUCUCCUCCACAGCCCAGUACACGUGUGCUACACUUCGUCUCCUCCACAACCCAGUACACGUGUUCUACACUUCGUCUCCUCCACAACCCAGUACACGUGUUCUACACUACGUCUCCUCCACAACCCAGUACACGUGUGCUACACUUCGUCUCCUCUACAACCCAGUACACUUGUUCUACACUACGUCUCCUCCACAACCCAGUACACGUGUUCUACACUUCGUCUCCUCCACAACCCAGUACACUUGUUCUACACUUCGUCUCCUCCACAACCCAGUACACGUGUUCUACACUACGUCUCCUCCACAACCCAGUACACUUGUUCUACACUUCGUCUCCUCUACAACCCAGUACACGUGUGCUACACUUCGUCUCCUCCACAACCCAGUACACGUGUUCUACACUACGUCUCCUCUACAACCCAGUACACGUGUUCUACACUACGUCUCCUCCACAACCCAGUACACGUGUGCUACACUUCGUCUCCUCCACAACCCAGUACACGUGUUCUACACUACGUCUCCUCCACAACCCAGUACACGUGUUCUACACUACGUCUCCUCCACAACCCAGUACACGUGUGCUACACUUCGUCUCCUCCACAACCCAGGACACGUGUGCUACACUUCGUCUCCUCCACAACACAGUACACGUGUUCUACACUACGUCUCCUCCACAACCCAGUACACGUGUUCUACACUACGUCUCCUCCACAACCCAGUACACGUGUUCUACACUUCGUCUCCUCCACAACCCAGUACACGUGUUCUACACUACGUCUCCUCCACAACCCAGUACACGUGUUCUACACUACGUCUCCUCCACAACCCAGUACACGUGUUCUACACUUCGUCUCCUCCACAACCCAGUACACGUGUUCUACACUACGUCUCCUCCACAACCCAGUACACGUGUUCUACACUACGUCUCCUCCACAACCCAGUACACGUGUGCUACACUUCGUCUCCUCCACAACCCAGUACACGUGUGCUACACUUCGUCUCCUCCACAACCCAGGACACGUGUGCUACACUUCGUCUCCUCCACAACCCAGUACACGUGUUCUACACUACGUCUCCUCCACAACCCAGUACACGUGUUCUACACUACGUCUCCUCCACAACCCAGUACACGUGUGCUACACUUCGUCUCCUCCACAACCCAGGACACGUGUGCUACACUUCGUCUCCUCCACAACCCAGUACACGUGUUCUACACUACGUCUCCUCCACAACCCAGUACACGUGUUCUACACUACGUCUCCUCCACAACCCAGUACACGUGUGCUACACUACGUCUCCUCCACAACCCAGUACACGUGUUCUACUCGGGUUUCCUCAACAUUCCAGUACAUUCACUAUACAUAA